UGAAACUGAUAAAACCGGUAAAGCUGGUAAAAUUGGUGAAACUGGUGAAAUGGGUGAUUUCGAUGAAAUUUGUGAAAUUGAACUGUUUACUGCCAUACUUUUCAUUUCAAUAUAUGGCUUAAUAUGGUCACGAGUAAAUGCCAAAGAUCAAUGGACUUUUAAUAAUACGCCAUCAGACGAAGCAUACGAGCCGUCUAUUAUAGAAUACAUUGGAAAUUAUGGCAAUGCUAUAAUCUUG